AGAGACCGCCUCAAGGCAUCAACCACCUUUUUAAUUUCACUUCCGAAUCUGCGAUCACUUUCAUCCUCAAGUAGCUCCACAUUCAAAAGACGCAGGGUUUUUUUUUCCCUGGGGAGUUGAGGGAGCAGAAAGCGCAUUGGUACUACAAGAAGUCAAAAAGGACGUUUUGCUGUCUCAACGACUUUUCUCUCCAUAUUUCCAGAAAACUGGGAAGUUUGGUCUUCGACUUGUUAAAGAGUUUUGUGUUCAUGCAACUUUUAUUUUUGAGAGAGGGGAAACAAAGCCAAAAAAAAAGGGAAAAAUGUACGUUUGCUGCAGCGAGUUGCUUCUCCGGAGUUGUCAGAAAUCUGGCCGAAUUUGGAGCCUGUCAGGGCUGUUCGUGUCUCUGUGCUUCAUGCAGGUCCUGUUGUUGGGACCCAACUCUGCCUACGAGUCCAGCCAGGAUUACUAUGACCAGUAUCAGGAGGAGGAAGAAGGAGAGGGCCAGGCUAGCAGCGAAUUGGAGGACCAACUGAGGUCCGCCUCAAGCGUCACGGAGCUUAUGGACAUUUUCUAUCCAGAAUACAGGAAGAUUCAUGAAUGUCUGCAAAGGAGAGUUCACGUAGUCCAGCGGGCAAUGUCAGAGGCUGAGGAAAAGGAAUGGAAGGAGGCAGCAGCGUUUACACUGUCAUGGCAAGAUGAGGACAUAAAAAAUGUUGAACUUGAAUGGGAAAAGACUCAGUGUAAGCCUAGAGAAGUGUGCUUGGAUGUGGGGAAAGAGCUUGGGACUGCCACAAACAAGUUCUACAAACCUCCCUGUGUGUCUAUCCACAGAUGUGGAGGCUGCUGCAAUAGGGAGGGACUACAGUGUGUUAACAUCAGCACUUCGUACGUGAGUAAGACAUUAUUCGAGAUCACACUACCACGAGUUGGAUUCUCCAAACUAGUCAUGAUCAGCUUCAUCAAUCAUACUGCAUGUACGUGUCAGCCCAAGCGAGAUACCUUUGGACAGUCCCACUCGAUUAUCAGACGUUCUUUUCACAUUUCACAAACCGGGUGCAUUAUGGAGAACAAAACAUGUCCACAUGGCCUCAGCUGGAAUCCCCAGUCCUGCAGAUGUGUCACCGAGCUGGAAGACUUCAGCUUCGAAGCCAGCAAUUCAGAACCAGCAGAUGAUGGUGGAAGUGAGAUGGAUGAUUUUUGUGGGCCCAACAUGGUAUUCGAUGAAGACACAUGUAGCUGUGUGUGCACAAACAGACUUUCCGUAUCGAGUUGUGGUCCCAACAAAGAAUUUGACGAGAGCACUUGCAAAUGUGUUUGCAGUAACAUAGAACAUCAUGGUGUCUGCGAGCCUCCGAAGGAAUGGGAUGAAGAAGCCUGUGAGUGUGCGUGCAACAAGAACUGCCCAAAGAAUCAACCGUUGAACAGCAGCAAAUGCACCUGUGAGUGCACAGAGUCAGUGCAUUCGUGCUUUCGCAAAGGGAAGAAGUUUGAUCCACAGACGUGCAGGUGCUACAGAUUGCCUUGCAGAACUCAAGUGAAGCACUGCCAGUCAGGCUUUUACUUCAGUUAUUAUGUCUGCAGCUGUCUUCCGUUAUACAUGAAGGAAUACCAAAUUGACGAGUGAUGAACAGACUGCUUUCUACUUGCCUUGCUUCAUUAAUGAAGAAUUUAAAAUUUCAGCCUGCAGCACUUACGAAAGUACCAUUUUUAUUGGGAUUCUAUACAAUCUACAGGUACACUGUCUCAAAUCCGACAUCACUCAGCAUUGAUACUGUGCCAGAUUUCGGAAUUUCCUAGAUUUUGGAUUACCCAAUUUGUGUAAAUGCCCAAUAGAUUCUAAGUCUGUAUACAAUCAUGCGUUUUCAGUGAAAGGUGCAAUCUGCCACUCCAUGACUGCAUCGGAUAAUGAAAAGUGCUAAAUGCAAAUGAUGAACACGUUUGGACUGGGCAAAUCAUAAAUGCUGUAAAUAUUGAGCAAUACACAAAGGGAAAGUCUUAGAAUAGAUCUACCAGUGUGGAAACAGGCCAUUCAGCCCAUGCAGUCCACUCUGAACGUCCAAAGAGCAUCCCACCCAGACUCACCCCCACUACCCUAUCCCUGUAACUCCACAUUUUCCAUGGCUAAUCCAACCAGUCUGCACAUCUUUUGAUUGUGGGAGGAAAUCCAUGCAGAUACAGGGAGGACUUGCAAACUCCACACAGCCAGUUGCCUGAAGGUGGAAAUGAACCAAGGUCACUGGUGCUGUGAGGCAGCAGUGUCAGCCAUUGAGUCACUGUGCAGUCCAGUUAUUGGACAAUUUUGGUUCAUGGACAGUUGGAUUUGGGGUGGUGUACCUGUACUAGGUAAGCUUGACACUGAAAACAUACAGAAAUACUAAGGAGACAUCCCAGAGAAAGUGGGUUCUGGUUGGUUUACUACAUGUUUCAUUCCUCUUAUAGGACACAAGGACUGAAGGCAUUGGUGUGGUUGCUAAUAACAUGACAACAGCAAAAUAUUGUACACUCUAUAUUUAGAUAUUUUGUGUGCAUUUCUAUUAAGUUAAUAUCACUUCAUAUUACAAAGACUGACUCAAUUUUAGAGGUGAGGGAAUAGAAUAAGU